AUGGACCGUCGACCGCCCCGGCCGUCUGCGCCCUCGACCUCCCGCGCGCUUCGUGGACCCGGCGUUGCGACUGGAGCGAAGCGGCGCGCGGGCGGCGGAGACGAGAACCAGGCGGACCCGAACGAGAAGAAGAGACAGAGGACAGAAGUGCCAAGCUCAAGCGCCCAGUCCAGCUCUUCGACAGCGACUCGUCGUCCUCUUCGCCAACUCGCAAUCUUCCCAGCCCGUACCUCGCCAUCCUCCUCCUCGGUCCUCCCUCUCGCCGACUCUCUGCACAUCCCCGAGACCGAGUACAACCAAUGCAAGACCGCGUGUCAGGCUCGCGACAUGGCUUCCUUUGAAGAGACCGUCCAACAGUACAUUGGGACCGUGCACACCCGCCAUGCAUUCCUCCACGACAAUUGCAUCGUCGCGACUCUCGGAGACGAGCCACCUCAGCCGGAGGAUUCGCCUCCAUUUUGCGCCGACGCCGGCGAACUCAUCGCCCUCAUCCCCUUCCUUCUCAUGGGCUACCAGAACUUGAGCUCGCUCGUCGACGACGCUGCCGACAAGUACAUCCUCGCGCGUCAAGAGAACUAUAAGUUGUGGCGAAUCGGUCUUGAAGGAGAACUCGUGAAGAAGAUGAACAGCCAGAAACUGAUGAUCCCGCAGGGACAGAGGCUUGGUGAUCUCUUGCACGCCCUCCGCAGUCAGCCGCUCGACAGACUCGUCUUCCCUCCCUGGCUACUUGCCCUCGCAUCGAGCAUUGUCUACUUCCUCCGUCCCGAUGCGCGCACGGUGCGAAACUUGAUCGGCCAUCCGCCUACCACCGGCUCGACGCUCAACUCCUCCGUCCAGCGAUUCUUCCCGUCCUCUUUGUCCCGCAAGCGACGUCAAGACCUCCUAUGCGACGUCAUCAAAGCUUCGGUUCUCUCGAAGGAGCGUAGGACGGAGCUUCUCGGCGAAGUUCAGACACUCGACCGCGUCGAGUCCACCGCGGCGAACAUCCCGCUUCCUCAGCCUGGCCAACUCCGCCUUCCUCCGCGCACGAUUGUGCAACACCAGGCCGAGGAGCGGCGAGUCUGGGAGUUCUGGCACAAGGCUUGGCAAGAUGGGGUGUUCCCCGCUUACCGAGAGGACUCGAAGGAGGCGAUCGCACAACGCCAUCAUUCCUACCUCAACCUCCGCCUUCUCCUCGCCACUCCCCUCGUCCUCCUUCCGCUCUCAUCCUUCCUCCACCCUUCACCCUCUUCUGCCUUCUUCCACGACGCUCUUCCGCCUCCAUCGUUACCGCAUCUCCUUUGUCUUGUUCCUCCGUCUCCUGCUCUCUUGCUCACCCUCGUCAUGCCAGACGAUUUCCUCUACUCGUCACGUUUGCAUCACCUUUACCCUAGUGCCCCGUUCUUUGCCGCCCUUGUUCUCUCCGGAGAUCUCUCGAUGUUUAUCUGUGCUCCUAUACCCUCACUCGUGUGA